GAUGAAGGUCUCCCCAGGCCUCCUGUCCAGCCCCAACGGCGGCGACAGCAGCAGCAGCGGCAGCGCGGACCCCUGCGACUCGUCGUGCGGUCCCCGUCUGGCCAAGUUCCGGCAGCGCCGGCACAAGGCCAACGCCCGCGAGCGCCAGCGGAUGCACGGCCUCAACGCCGCCCUGGAGACCCUGCGACGCCACGUGCCCGUGGCCUGCGCGGCCGUCCCGGGCAACGGAGUCGCCGAGGCCCGGCUCGGGGGCGGCAGCCACCAUCGGCUGUCCAAGAUCGAGACCCUCCGACUGGCCCGCAACUACAUCGCGGCCCUGAGCGAGACGCUGCGCGCGGGCAGGCCCAUGAACGCCGUCGCAUUCGCCAGGCAUCUGGCCACGGGACUGUCGCAGGCGACCACGAACCUGAUCGCCGGCCAGCUCCAAGUAAGUCCCCGGUGUCUGGCGACGUCGCAGGCCUACACGUCGUUCUGCCCGUCGCCUACGUCGCCAUCGCCGAUCUGCAGUCCUUACCCAUACCCGCGGUCACCGGGGCAGCGGUCGCCGUCGCCCCCGUCUCCUCCAGCCGCGUACGUCACCGGACACGUCGGCCUCGUGCACAUCGUCGAAAGAAGCGCUCACCAUACAAGCCUCGGCAACGCCCGCGACGGUUUGCUCGCAGUGUCGGCGUCGGCGACUUCGACGGCGUCAGUCGUCGGCGCGGAGGACGACGCCGCGCCGGUGGUUCAACGACCACGCGUCUCGUCGGGGCGCCAGCAGCGCCUCCGCCCACCGCUGCGGGUGGGGCGUCUUCCGCCGCGUCGCGACCUUGACUGAGGCCAUCGGACAACAGACACGUACGGAGCCACGGAGCUUGCAGAUCACGUGCCGGAUACUCACUAAACUCCGUUUCACGUACUGACGGGCCGCAGAGAACGACGAUAUGA